AUGACGAGCCGACCGACUGUCACCAUCCACGGUGGUGAUGGCGCCCCCACCAAGGACACCCACCCGCUUCCCAGCGUCUUCAAGGCCCCGAUCCGCCCGGACAUUGUGCAGGCUGUCCACGCCGGCAUGGCGAAGAACAAGCGUCAGCCGUAUUCCGUGAGCGAGAAGGCUGGUCACCAAACUAGCGCUGAGUCCUGGGGUACCGGCCGUGCCGUCGCUCGUAUUCCCCGUGUCUCUGGAGGUGGUACCCACCGUGCCGGUCAAGCAGCUUUCGGCAACAUGUGCCGCUCUGGCCGCAUGUUCGCCCCGACCAAGAUCUGGCGCAAGUGGCAUCAGAAGAUCAACCUCAACCAGAAGCGCUUCGCCACUGCUUCUGCCAUCGCCGCUUCCUCCUCCGCCGCCCUGCUCCUCGCCCGUGGCCACCGCGUCUCCUCUGUCGCCGAGGUCCCCCUCGUCAUCUCCAGCACCGUCUUCGGCGCCGCCGCCCUCAUCAAGACCUCCGCCGCGAGCAAACUCCUCGAGGCUGUGGGAGCCAAGGCAGACAUUGACAAGGUCAAGGCGUCGCGGAAGCUGCGUGCCGGCAAGGGCAAGAUGAGGAACCGACGUCACACCCAGCGCCGUGGACCUCUCGUCGUCUACGACGGUGAGAAGGACGGCAAGGACCUCGUGCGCGCCUUCCGCAACCUGUCUGGCGUCGAGACCUGCUCCGUCUACGCCCUCAACCUCCUCCAGCUCGCACCCGGCGGCCACCUCGGCCGCUUCGUCGUCUGGACCUCCAACGCCUUCGCCGCCCUCGACUCCGUGUACGGCAGCACAACCGAGCCCAGCGAGCUCAAGCGCGACUUCCUCCUGCCUUCCAACCUCGUCGCCCAGCCCGAUCUCGCCAAACUCAUCAACAGCUCCGAGGUGCAAAGUGUGCUUCGUCCGACCAAGGGCGGUGCGAUCACGAAGCGCGGCGUGGUGCAGAAGAAGAACCCGCUGCGCAACAAGCAGAUUCUGCUGCGUCUCAACCCGUACGCUGCUGCAUACCACAAGGAAGGGCUGGGGCAUGUCAAGGCGGACACCAAGCCGGUGGAGAAGGAUGCGACGUUUGAGGCGACUCUGAUGGAGAACUAG